UGUUCCUCUUUGUUCUUUGUUCUUUCUUCCUUUGUGUGCUCUUCAUAUGUUCAUUCCUAUUUCCGUUUGAACAACUUUGAUCAUCUUACGACCACCUACUAAGCCUAUUCAGCUUAGGCAUUGCAGUAUUUUUAUAAUCUUUCAUUAUUUUAUUUUAACGACUACAUCUUUUGCAUACGAGCAUAUAAAACAUAAUAAUAAUGAAGUUCAAGAGACAAAAGGAUACUCAGGGCACGAAAGAACCAGAAGCAAGCAACAAUUUGCUUACAGUCAAUAGAGACAUCCCUCUGACCAUGACGCUGACACCGAGUACGCCUUGCGAUCCUUCUGGAGGCCCUCCUAUGUCCUUUCCUCCAGCAGAGGAGCUCAUUGAUCAGGAACAACUCCACCCAUAUUCAACCCCUGCAUCUGCUCCCUCUGCUCCCUCUGCUCCCUCUGCUCCAUAUACAUUCCCUCCUCAAAAUAGCAGCAGUAACAACAAAACCAUCAAUAAUAAUCUUCACUUAGACAACAGCAAUAACACAGCAUUAAAGCGUCCUUCAAACAAAAAUCCAUUCCCUUCUUCGACCAUGAUCGAAAUCGAUCGUAUCCUUAAACAGGAUGCAGCCAUCGAAGGAGAUUUUAGACCACCAAGGCAGGCAAUGAACAGCGAUGAAUCCGAUUUUGAUUGGGAUGAAGAUAUCAACAUUGAUAACGAUGGUCAGGUUCACAAGCGGAAAAGGCAAAAAGCACGAUCCACCUGGCGCAAACUUUCCCCCUUCCUUAGAAUGGUCAUCUCGAUGGUUAUUGUGGCCCCCAUCGUUGCCAUUCCCGCGAUCCUCACUAGUAUCUACUUGACUGUUGUCCCUAAACCAGAUUAUCCCCCUGCAGGAUCCUCUGAGGCCGUUAUGCAACAAUACAAUGUCGACAUUGGAAUUUAUGAAAAGGAAAAAGUCCGUAGAGAUUCCAUCGUUUUAGUCUUCACUUGGCUUGCCUUCAUGUGGUGUAUCGUCUGUAUUACUAAUUGGGGGGUCGAUUUUAUCCCUGUGGUCGUUGUCCGUAUCACUUCUCUUGUCACCUACAGCCGACUCGAGGCUGUCAAAUCAAACCUCUUGAUCUUUGUGGCGACAAAGAAGUAUGUCAAAUGGUUCAUUGCAGCCUGUUGGGGCACGGGCUCAUAUGUAUUCCUAUCCAAAGUAGUUUACCCGCUCUUCGGAGAGCAAUCCUGGCAGCCAAUUUUAAUCAAGAUCCUUGCAGCUGUGAUCGCAGGUUGUGCACUGGUUCUGAUUGAGAAGAUCCUACUUCAGAUCAUCUCCAAGAACUUUCAUCAGACUGCCUAUGCUGACCGUAUUAAGGAGAACAAAUACGCUCUUCAGGUCUUGGAUCGCCUAGGAAACUCAAAGAAGCUCAACAAAAAGCCCAGACCGGCUCACAGCAGGAACAAUACUGCAGAUGGAACCGAUUAUAUGACACCCUUUGGUCCCGGAAGUCACUCUCGUCAGCAAUCGAGAUCACAUAGUUUGGACCCUGGCGAGGCCAUGUUGUUAACAGAAUCAGGAUCGGCAAAUAGCACUCCUAUCGGCACACCAACUGAAUAUCCUAUUAACAAUACCAACGACAACAGUCGUAAUUCAACUAUAUUGGCAACAUCCCGUCGUUUGCAGCGCGAAAGCAAAGGCGCUAAUAAGCAUAAUGAUAUCUUUAGAGGCAUCAACCGCAGGCUACAUGGAAUUGCCUUGGCUGACAGCACCCCAUCUAAGGACAUCAGCUCAACCGAUAAUGCUAAACGAUUAGCCAGGACACUAUUCUACAAUUUGCAAGGCAAUGCGGAAGAAUUGGUAGUUGAAGAUUUCUUCCUUUACUUUGAUACAGAGGAGGAGGCGAAAGAAGCCUUCGCAAUUUUUGACAAGGACGGCAAUGGUGAUAUUUCCAAGCGGGAGAUCAAAGAAAAAAUCUUUUACAUAUACAAGGAACGCAAAGAUUUACAUACAGCUCUCCGUGACCUCUCUCAAGCGGUCGGCAAAUUAGACAUCAUCUUCUUGACUAUCGUAACCGUAGUCUGGUUGUUGAUCAUCUUAUCGAUCUUUGGCACCAGUGUGGUCCAGAAUAUGCUCUCGAUCGGCUCCUUCUUAGUGGCUCUCAGCUUUGUCUUUGGUAAUUCUCUCAAGACCUUGUUUGAAAAUAUAGUCUUUUUGUUCAUCACGCACCCAUAUGACUCUGGUGAUUUAUGCAAUAUUGAUGGCAAUGAAAUGUAUGUUCGCGAAGUGGGUCUCAACAGUACUAUGUUUGUGACUUGGGAUGGAAAGCGUAUGUAUUAUCCCAACAACAUUCUCAGUCAGAAACCCAUUCAUAACGUCCGGCGUUCUCCCAACAUGUCUGAGAAAAUUGUCCUCAACAUCGAUUGUUAUACACCUCAAUCCAAGAUCUUGGAGCUUCGAGCUAGGAUGCGUGCCUUUUUGGCAAACGAGAGCAAAGAAUUCCUGCCUGAUAUGGAGAUUCAGAUUCAAGAAAUGGAUUCCAAGCUGAAAAUCAGUAUGGUGAUCGAGCACAAGGGUAACUGGCAAGACUCUGGUCGCCGAUGGGCACGCAGAACAAAGUUCAACUUUGCAUUGAAGGAGGCUGUAGAGGAUAUCGGCAUCAAGUAUUAUGCUCUUCCACAGCGUAUCGAGGUCAUGAAUCGUGAUCUGAUCGACUUGGACCAUGACCAUGGCGAUCAGACAACCCUGGCCUCCGACUCUUCCACGCGCAAUCGAUCUCCGGAAGACUUGUCGCGAUUGUAUCGUAGGAAGAUAAAUAGUCGUCCAAUUGGUGAUUAAACCAAUUAGCAUUACCUUCCCCAUGUUUAUCAUUGUCUCAUGAUCAACAUUAGUGUACAUAUCAUAAA